CGUCCGCCGACUUCUCUCUCUUCCAGAACGCCGUCGCCGUCUACAUCGCCACCGGAAGCGCCAUCUCCAGCUCCACCUAUAAGCCGACCGCUCCGCUUCUCUCUCUCCGUCGCGUCCCCGAUCUCCGCACCCAUUGCCACGACCCUUCUCUCCAGGGAAUCGUUCUUGGAAUGGAGGAUGCGGUGGAAGAGACCGGAUCUCCCGGUCACCCGGCUGUUCUUCGCAUCACGCCUCUCCCAGAUGGACGGAUGAGAUGCAUCUUGAAGUGAUUAGAUCAAAGGAACGAGGAGGAUGGGCAGACGGAGGGCUUCGCAGUUGCUUGCAGGGUAUCGACAAUUUCUCCUCGGGCGACCAACCCCAUCCUCCCAUGAACAAUCCAUUUCAGGAUCCUAUUGGAAGCUGAAUACUUGGAGACCUUGUUGUAUGUUCCGAGUUUCUGUUGGAACACCUCAAGCUUCUAACUAUCUAAAUCUAGGCAAAACAUAUGCAAUCAAGCAGAGAUCAUUUGGUUCUGCGGCCACUGAUAUUCCAAGGAAUCCAGCAUUUUCAAACUUGAAUGCUGAUGAUAUUAGCUAUUUCAGAACUAUACUUGGUGAAAGGAAUGUUGUUGAGGAUGAAGAUAGAUUAUCAGCUGCAAAUGUGGACUGGAUGCGGAAAUACCAAGGCUCAAGCAAGCUCUUACUCUUACCAAAAAGCAGCCAAGAGGUGUCUAAGAUUCUUCACCACUGCAAUUCAAGAAAAUUGGCAGUUGUCCCCCAAGGAGGCAACACAGGUCUUGUAGGAGGAAGUGUACCUGUGCACGAUGAGGUAAUUAUAAAUCUUGCAUUGAUGGACAAGAUAGUCUCCCUCGACAAGAUCAAUGGUAUUCUUGUUUGUGAAGGGGGAUGCAUACUGGAGAAUCUAAGCUCAUUCUUAGAAAAUGAAGGAUUUAUUAUGCCACUUGACUUGGGGGCAAAAGGAAGCUGCCAAAUUGGUGGAAACAUCUCAACCAAUGCCGGUGGCUUACGCUUUGUACGUUAUGGGUCACUUCAUGGAACUAUUCUUGGCCUUGAAGUUGUAUUAGCUAAUGGAACUAUUCUUGACAUGCUUGGCACUUUACGCAAGGACAAUACUGGAUAUGAUUUGAAACACUUGUUUAUUGGAAGUGAAGGUUCUCUAGGGAUUGUGACCAAGGUUUCUAUUCUUACACCACCCAAGCUAAUGUCAAUGAAUCUUGCAUUUCUUGCUUGUAAAGAUUUUACAAGUUGUCAGAAAUUACUACUGGAAGCUAAGCGAGCACUGGGCGGGGUUCUUUCUGCAUUUGAAUUUAUGGAUAGCCAUUCAAUGGAUUUGGUUCUGUCUCACUUGGAUGGUGUUCGCAGUCCUUUACCAUCCUCCUUGUAUAACUUCUAUAUUCUUGUUGAGACAACUGGUAGUGAUGAAACAUAUGAUAAAACAAAACUUGAAGCUUUUUUGUUACGAUCAAUGGAAGAAGGUCUCAUACUAGAUGGUGUUGUAGCUCAAGAUAUUAACCAAUCAUCCUCAUUUUGGCGAAUUCGUGAGGGUAUAUCAGAAGCAUCAGUUAAGGUUGGGGCUGUCUACAAAUAUGACUUAUCAUUACCCAUUGACCAAUUCUAUGGUAUCGUCGAAGAAAUGCGCAACAGGCUUGGUGAGGCGGCCAAGGUAGUUGGAUACGGUCACCUUGGGGAUGGUAACUUGCACUUGAAUAUCAUGACAACUCGAUAUGAUAGUGAUAUCCUUGCUCAAAUUGAACCUUACGUGUAUGAGUGGACCUCAAAACACAAGGGAAGUAUCAGUGCUGAGCAUGGAUUAGGGUUAAUGAAAGCAAAUAAGAUCCAUUACAGCAAGUCUCCAGAGACCGUGCAACUAAUGGUUGAUAUCAAGAAAAUGUUAGAUCCCAAUCUAAUAUUAAACCCAUACAAAGUUCUACCUCAGUCAUGCUUCAAUUGAACAGUGAAAAUAUUAGAUCUCUUUGCAAUUUUCAAUUAGUGGUGCCCCCAAGAGCAACAAAGCAUCAAAAUCAUAAAGGUGGUGGUCAUCGAUCAACUUCAAAGAGCAAAGGAAGCAUGAAACUGUGAGUUACAAUGAAGUUGUAAAACAUCUAGCUAUUCCUUUAAAUCAUUAAACUGAAUUUUUACUUUUCCAUUGCGUAUGACACCAAUAAGUUAAUCUCAAUUAUUUUACUUCAACUGA